AUGCCUUCCUCGUUCGAGAAGCGCGGCGGCCCUUACGCCUCCCCAACGGCAGGCAUGGGAGGCCUCCCGAGCAAUAACCCGGAUACAAUCGUCUGCGCCGUACUCCUCGCCAUAUAUAUUGGGUUUGCAGUGAUGAAUAUGACGAUUCUGCAGAGAAACAACAAGCGGAAACACAAGUUCAUCCUAUCGGGCAUGCUGUUUGGUUUCUGUAUGGCACGUAUCACGACUCUUGUUCUGCGCAUAGUUUGGGCCAACCGCCAACAUAACGUUCGACUUGCCAUUGCGGCCAAUGUCUUUGUCAAUGCCGGUGUCUUGCUGGUCUAUAUUAUCAAUCUGAUCCUCGCCCAGCGCAUCCUCCGGGCGAAGCAACCCCAUAUCGGUUGGCAUCCGAUCGCACGUAUCGGCAGCAAGUUGUUUUACUAUCUCAUCCCCGCUGCGUUGAUCAUGGUCAUUACGGCGAUCGUGGUUUCUUCCUACUCCCUCAAUCCGGGCACGCGCGCCGACUGCCGCGAUGUGCAGCUUGCUGCAAUCACCUACCUUCUCGUCUUCACUUGCCUCCCAUUGCUCCAUAUUAUUCCCGCGGUCUUGAUACCACGGUCCAAGCAAGAGGAGUCAUUUGGACAGGGCAGUAUGCUCGCUAAGAUCAUUAUCAUCACCAUCUCAACGUGCCUGUCCAUUUUGAUUGCUGGUUUCAAGGCGGGUACACUCUGGAGUCCGGCGCGGCCGAUCUCCAACCCGGCUUGGUAUCACUCCAAGGCAUCAUUUUAUGUCUUCAAUUUUGCACUUGAAAUCAUGAUCUUGAGCUUGUUGACCUUUAGCCGGAUUGACAAACGGUUCCAUAUUCCUAACGGGUCUACCAAACCAGGCGACUACAGCAGGAUGGAAAAGAAGAGUUCUGGGGACGCCUCCUCAGAGCGGACGAUUGCUGCAGAGCCCAAGGUUUUGCCUUGA